AUGCACAAGGAAUCUUGGGUUACGAUAGGGAAAGCUCUAAAAGAAAAGUUUGACAUGGAUACUUCACAAAAACAAUUGAAAAAUGCUCUUGAUAAUCUAAAAGCUAAAUACGUAGGGUGGAUAUAUUUGAGAAACAAGUCAUGGAAUUUAUACAAUGCUCAAACAAAUUCAUUUGCCUUGGUGAACACAGAAUGGGAAGAAUUUAAGAAGGGUCAUCGAAAGGAAGGAUCAUUAAGGACACACCCAUUACCUUAUCCCAACCUUUAUGCAUCUUUGUUUGAUGGAUGUAGUGCCAGCAGUAGCAUUAAAUGGACCUCUACUCAAACUACACCCGCAGAUACAUCAUCUUCUUCUCAGUGUGUCCAAAGACUUCUGAAUAAUGACAACCCUUUUAAUGGCAUAGAAGAAGAAGAUGAUGAUGACGCUUCCAAUGACAAUAGUGCUCGAGCUCCUAUUGAUAAAGCUCAUGGUGGUUCUACUUAUAGGCCCGAUAAAAGGGCAAAAACCAGUGAUGCUUCUACUGAUAGGCCCGAUAAAAUGGCUAAAACCAGUGAUGCUUCUAUUGAUAGGCUUGAUAAAAGGACUAAAACCAGUUACACUUCUAUUGAUAGGACUGAUAGGGAUAAAGCCUCUAAAACCUCUGUUAAUCUUGAUGAGUUGAAUCUUGAUAUGCAAAACGCUCUGCAACAUUUGGUGAAUAGCAAGGAAGAGCCAACAGUAGAAGAAUAUUAUGAGAGGUUGAAGCUAGUUGGAUUAGACCCAAUGGAUCCUAUAUUUUUUGUAGCCUUUCACCUUUUUGGAAUGUCCAUGAAUAUGAGAGAAGCAUGGAUGACAUUGUUACCGAUACCUGAGGAUAUAAUAGUACCAACUUCCUUUAAUCCCAAUCCAAAUGUUUCGAGACAUAAUAGGAGGUUACGAAGGAUUUUCAAAGGAGCGGUUGGCACACUUGAUGGAACUUUGGUACAUGCUAUUGUCCCUCUCGACAAACAAAAUUUGUAUAAAGGCAGGGGAAAAGGCGAUUGUUAUCAAAAUGUAUUGGUAAUAAGCGACUUCAACCUGAUUUUUAUGUUUUUCGUGGCUGGUUGGGAAGGGAUAUCACAUAAUUCAAGAAUAUUAUCUGAAGCUUUAACAGAUCGAGAUGCACCAUUCCCAUUUCCACUGCCAGAUGAGUAUUAUCUUUGUGAUGAUGCGUCUAUACACACCCGAGGAUUUAUGGCUCCUUAUCGUAAUGUACGGUAUUGGCUUGGAGAUUUUCAUCGAAGACGUGCAUUAACCAACAAAGAAAAUUUUAAUCACUCACAUGCAAAGCUUCGAAAUUUCAUUGAGCGUGCUUUUGGUGUCUUCAAAGCAUUCGAUAUAUCACUUCAAAGCAAAAAUGUACAAGAUGAUGAUGAUGAUGAUGAUGAUGAUGAGGAGGAGGAGGAGGGGGAGGAGGACGUGGAUGAGGUACAACCACAUGGAAAUGCAAGAGACCGGGAAUUCAUGGUUCAUCUACGAGAUCAAAUUGCUAACCAGUUAAUACGAAAUGUCGAAUGA